AAACAGAAGGAAUCCAAUUGGAAAUUUGUGGAAGAGCUACUUAAAAAAUCCACUGAUGCUCAAGCUGGUGUGUUAGAGGAACACUUACGAAUGCAUCUUCAGUGCUGUUUGACUUUGUGUAGUGUCUGGGAGUUGAACCUAUCUAUUGUCACCAUACUUUGGGAUUAUUACAGCAAGAACCUGAACAGUUGCUUUACUGUUCCCUGGCUUGGUCUGAGGGGUCUGGCAAAUAUUAGUAAAACUUCUUUGUCAAUGCUUGAGUUGGUGAAGAGUUGCUGUUGUGAACAGCAGAUCCCCGACUUGUACAAGUCCAGCAACAGUUACUUCAUUUUUCUCAGCAUCUUGGCACGGAUGAUGAAAGAAGAGGCAGAGAACAGUGGCGUGCAGCCUUGGAAACAAAUUAAAGGACGAAUUUAUUCCAAGUUCCAUCGGAGAAGAAUGCAGGAGCUGACAGAAGUGGGGCUGCAGAACUUUUUUAAUCUGUUCCUCAUGCUAGCAAUUGUUGCGGAGACAGAAGACAUAGUGAGUCGAGUGUUGGAUCUUUUGGAUUUGCUGACUCCGUCCUCCAUCACUGUGUCUCAGAGAGCUCUCAUCUGGAGAGGUCAUUUUGCUUUCCUUUUGAUUUAUGUUGAGAAGAGCAUGGACAUUAGUGUCCUAGCAGAGAAACUCUCAAAUGCUUUCCGUGAGAAGGCAAAGGAGUUUUUAGUAACCAAAAAUGAUUAUACACAGAAACAAAAUCUCUGGACUCUACUUUCAACCUAUAUUGAUGGUGUCCAAGAAGUGUUUGAGACCAGCUGCUACUUGAGCCUUUCGGAGGAAAAGUUGCUAAAUGAUGGUUUUACUAUGCUGCUGCCUGCUUGUCGAGGAGCUGAGCUGAGUAUGGUCCUAAAUUUUCUUCAGGUUGUUCUAGCCAGACUUCGGAGUGUGCACAAACGUGUAAGCCAGGGACUUCAGCCAGGGAACGCGGCCCCAGAGGCACAGCUUCCAUUAGCGGCUAAAGAGCACCACCUUGCUGUCGCCAGUGCUCUCUAUUUGAAGAGCCAGCGAAUGUCACAGAUGCCACCUUCCCCACAGCUUGCUGAUACAGCUGCAGGUUUUACUCUUUUAGCUUUGGAUAUACCCAGCAAAGCCCUAUCAGAUCUCCAGCCACAGCCUGUUCUAUCAAUGAUGCAGCUGUUUGGAUGGGAUGACAUGGUGUGGCCUCAGCUGGUGUCCAGAUAUCUAAGUCACCUAAUUCAAAACAGUGCACUGUGUGAAGCUUUUUCUAGUAUGGGAUAUACUUCCUAUGAAGCUUUGACAGUACGUUCUUGGUUUCGCUGCAUUUUGCAAAUGUUCAUAGAUCAACCGACUGGUAUGCUGGCCAAGACAGAUGCUGAGCGAACAGUUGCAAAAGCCUAUAUGGAGCAGCUGACUGAAAUGACAAGACUGAUUUUUAGACUCUCAGAAGUAGAAAACAUUCUUGCAAAGGCUCAUGUCGAAGAGUCAGUUUUCAAGCAAGACCCUAAAAACGCGCUUGUUCAAUUCAUUAAGGCUGUUGGUAGAGCUUACAGUGGCCUUCAAACACUCCCUGAAAAAUCUGCCAUGGUAGCAAAGACUCUGGAAUAUUUAGGUGAUGUAUUAAAGUAUGUAAAACCUUAUCUGAAGGUGAAAGGACCUCCAGAAGGUCUGCAGCUUACAUAUUGGAUCAUAGGAUGUCUGGUAAAGUUCUGGGCACCGAUACUAGCUACUUCCAAAGCACAGCAACUCCUGUUCCGCAUUGUGGAUUGCUUGCUGCUGCCGCACUCUGUGCUCCAGCAGGACAAAGAACUGCCUGCAGCUUUGCUGUCUGCCAUUCAGGAAAGCCUACCUCUUUAUCUUCAGGGCCUGUCCUUUAUAUGUUGUCAGUCCCAAACACAAGGUGCCUAUUUAAAUCAACUGCUUGGUAGCAUUAUUCAACAGUAUUUUGGACGAUUUCUCCCUUCUUCUCCGACUGCGCUUGGAGCCGGACAGCAUCCUAUGCUGACUGCUUUAUGCAGUUCCAUUACAGCCCCCCAGAUGCUCCGUCUACGGAAGACCACUCUGCAUGUCAUAAAUGAAAACUACAUGCAGUUCAAAGGUAACGCUCCACCUCCUCGCUUGGCCUCGGUUCUUGCUUUCAUUCUUGAAGUGCUGCAGAGAACCCAGAGCACUGAACUAUGUGACAUUGACUUAGUCCUCCCAGCCGUGUUGAAAUGCUUGGUAUUGGUUAAUGAGCUACAAGUUAAAAAAUUCUCCACAGACAUUGUACAGUACAUGGUAGAAGGCUGCCAAGCAGGGUCAGGAGGAGAACGUGCCACCCAGCUGACUUCUGUAUUUAGGCAGUUUAUCCAGGACUAUACUGCCGUAUAUGAUCACCGGGUUUUCAGCACACUAGAAACGGUGGCAGUCUUGGAUCAGACGUUAGUUACCAGCCUGAUUCCCACAAUCACACAGUCUCUGAAGGAUUCGGAGCACAAACAAGGUCUUGGAAGAAAUGCUGCACAGAGAGAAGCGUAUAAAAGACUCUUAUCUUACCUCGCAGAGGCUGGAAAAAAUGAGAUACAAAAACUGGAAAAUGAGACAGGUUAG